AAACACCUUUUCACUCAAAAAUGAAAUUAAUUCCAAUGUAAAAUGAAAUUGAUAAAAUAAAAAUACCCUACCCCCCAAAACCCCAGAAAACCUUGUUCUCUUUCACACGCACCGCUCUAAGUAAAAAAAAUGCGGAAGCUCUCGCCUUUACACCUGCGCAAACUGCUCCUCCGCUGCUUCUCCACCUCCCAUCUCCUCACCCGCCACCCCCUCCCGGCCCCUCGAUGUCCGCCUCCGGAAUUUGUCCCUUCAAACGCCUUCUCCGCCGGCCGACGCCACUGGUUUUUUCCCAUCAGAAAUUUCUCCUCACAAACAGGAAACCCAUCCGCAACCGCAAAUUCUGUCAAUCUAAACCCUGAAAAAUCCGAAAGCGAUGAAGACGCAGUCGCUAAAUUGUUUUCCGACGAGCUCCAGAAAAACCCAGAUUCAGAACCCCUCCCUCUUCAAAAAAGACUUGAUCUUUCAUUCUCCCACGUCCGGAUUAGCCCUGCAAUGCUCCUCUCCACACUCAAUUUGUCCCCUGACGCGGGCCGUAUGGCGCUAGAUUUCCUCAAAUGGGCGAAAUCAAGGCCAGGAUUUGAGCCUAGUGAUGAGGUUUACUCUCAUUUCGUUGCGUAUUUUGGGAGGAGAAAGGAUUUCAAAGCUACCCACGAAGUUCUUGUGGAUGGCCUUGGAGUCGCUGGGGUUAAGUCUCUUGAAGCCCUAAUUGAUCGAAUGGUUCGUGCAGGUAUGCCCUCCCAAACCGUUGCAUUGUUUGAGAGGAUGGAGAAAGACUAUGGGUUUGUGAGGGAUAUGGAUUCAUUGAAGCUGAUUGUGUCUGGUCUCUGCAACCAUGGCUACGCUAGCUAUGCCGAAAAAUUGGUUAAGGGUUUGGCAAAUGAGUUCUUUCCCGAUGAGUAUAUAUGCGAUGCAUUGAUCGAAGGCUGGUGCGUGGAUGGGAAGCUGGAUGAAGCCAAGAGAUUGCUCGGUGAGAUGCAGAGGGGCGGAUUCGAGAUAGGUACUUACGCUUACAAUGCGAUUUUAGAAUGUGUUUGCACGCUUUGUAGGAAGAAGGAUCCUUUUAGGCUCGAUAGCGAGUCAAGAAACGUGCUGGUUGAGAUGGAGAGGAACGGUGUUCCUUGCGAUGUGGAGACGUUUAAUGUUCUUAUUACUAAUUACUGCAAGAUUAGGAAGACCUCAGUUGCAUUAGAACUGUUCUCUAGUAUGGGGAUGCGGGGGUGUUACCCUAAUGAGGCUACGUUCCUUGUGUUGAUCAAGGGCUUGUAUCAGGCUGCCAUUGGGGAAGGGGAUGAGAUGAUUGAUAGGAUGAAGUCCGCUGGGUUUGGGGAUGCUCUGGAUACCAAGGCUUAUUACGAGUUCUUGAAGAUUCUAUGUGGGAUCGAGAGGGUUGAUCAUGCUAUGAAUGUUUUUGCAAUGAUGAAGGAGGAUGGACGCAAGCCGGGUAUUAAGAGUUACGACUUGUUGAUGGGGAAGCUGUGUGCUCAUGGACGUCUUGAUAAGGCUAAUGCUCUUUAUAAGGAAGCUGAGAGCAGCGGGCUGGCUGUGCAGCCAAAGGCAUACAAGGUUGAUCCGAGAUUUGUGAAGAAGAAGGAUACUGCGGUGAAGAAGGAAAAGAAGAGGGAGACACUUCCUGAGAAGAUGGCAAGGAAGAGGAGACGGCUUAAACAGAUUAGAUUGAGUUUUGUGAAGAAGCCAAAGAAGAUGAGGCGGCGUGCUUGUUAAGCUCCUACCCUUUUCUUUGUGGAACAUCAGAAUUUCGGGAGAGAUUGGUGUUGAACUCCUACAUGCUUCAUCAAAGAUUACAUGGGAAACUGCUGUGCGCUAUGCCACCAAAUUCUUUCAAGAACCUGGUAGCGUUUACUCUAUCUAUAUCAAGGAUUGUUUCCCAUGUUGCAAAUAUAGAAACGGUUACUGCUGCACGAUGUUGGAUCAUUCCGGGAUUGUUUUCUUUCUUGAAUCUUGCGAUAGUUGACAGGGAUCGUCAAUGCUGUAUUUUCUGCAGGUUUUCUGCAGUUAAGUUUAGUUGUUACCUUUUUGUUAGUAUUUGUGUCGAGGAAUCUAGUUCUUUUUUUUGGUGGGUAAAUAAAUAGGUAGGGAGUAUCAAAACAGUGAAAGAAAAAAAAACAAAGUCGUAGAAUAGGGAGUACUACUUACUAGUAGCUUUUAUUGUGUUAAACUUUUAUUACAAAACUCAUGAAUAGUAGUGUCUAUAAAAUAUCUAGAAUGUUUUGGGA